AUGGUACAGGCUCAGGUGAUUAACAGUAGGUUGGCAAUGGCGAAUGUGCUUCAAAACACACAGCAGCAGCAGCAACAACAUCAUCAUGAACAGCAACAGGUUCUGGCUCUGAUGCAACCAGCCUACUCUAACAAUUCUUCCGCCUCGAAUAAUCUCAUCAACAUCUCCAACUUCACCUCCAAUUUCAACAGCGGAUUCGUCACCAACGACACACUUCCUUCUUCCCUUCACAACCCUAGAUUCUCCCGAGAGGACGAUGACGAUGAGCAAGAUAGUACCGAUAUCGCUUCCGCCCCCGUCUUUCCCAACCACAUACUUCACCGGAGGUCAUGA